AUGGACAGUGUUUCCUCAGGUGCUUCUCUGCAGUUCCUUGCCAAACUGCUUCAUGAUGCUGAAGAUGAUGAUGACGAUGAUGACCGUGUGCCACACUGUUCAGUUAGUACCAUGACUCCUGGUAGUAUUGGGCCAGUAAAGAAAGAGACCACAGGUACUUUUCCAGUGAAAUCUGAAACUGGGAAAAGUAUUUGGAAUACAGAGGAGAUCCCAGAAGGAUCUGAAUUUGAUGAUACCUGGGACCCUAGAGAACAGCCAGAGUAUGAGAUUUUAUUCAAACAGAGUGUGGGGACAGAGGACGUCUUCUUUGGGAUGAGCAGGAAAGACCCCUCCACAGCCUGCUGUGAAGAUAUGGUGAUUAAAAUCAAGCUGCCAGAGACAAAGUACUCAGACAUUACAUUAGAUAUCCAGGACAAGGUUCUUGACCUUCGAACUCCACAAAAGAAGCUGCUGCUGCACCUCCCCUACCAUGUUGACAGCAAGAAUGGUAAAGCUCGUUUUCUCUCUGAGGAGGAGACCUUGGAAGUCACCUUGAGAUUAUCAAGGAAGUUUGAUUUCAUAAAUUUUGCCUGA